GACGAAGGGCAGAAAGAGAGAGAGAGAGAGGAGGAGGCGAGAGAAAAGUGUACAAGUUGUUGUUGCUGCGCAAGAGCGAAAAUCCACCCAACCACCCACUGGCAAAUGGGGGCUCAGCAGGGCAAGGACAGGGGCGCCCACUCGGGAGGAGUCGGCUCAGUCGCCCCCGUCAGCUGCAUCGGUCUCUCAAGCAGUCCAGUAGCUUCCGUCUCUCCCCACUGCAUCUCCAGCUCCAGUGGAGUCAGUAGUGCCCCCCUCGGUGGGGGAUCAACGCUUCGCGGAUCCCGCAUCAAAUCCUCGUCAUCCGGCGUCACCAGUGGCGUCGGAUCGGGAGGGGGAUCAGGGUCCGGACUAAGCCAACGCAGUGGCGGCCACAAGGAAUCACGGUGCAAUCCCACCGUGGGACUCAACAUAUUCACUGAACACAACGGUACCAAGCACAGCUCUUUUCGCGGCCAUCCAGGCAAAUAUCACAUGAACUUAGAAGCGCUGCUGCAGUCUCGUCCAUUACCUCACAUUCCGGCCGGCAGUACGGCGGCAUCUCUCCUGGCGGAUGCGGCGGAGCACCAGCAGGACUCCGGGGGACUGGGGCUGCAAGGCUCCUCGCUGGGCGGCAAUCACAGCUCAACAACGUCGGUUUUCGAGUCCGCCCACCGGUGGACCUCCAAGGAGAACCUACUGGCCCCCGGACCCGAGGAGGAUGACCCGCAGUUGUUUGUGGCGCUGUACGAUUUCCAGGCGGGCGGGGAGAACCAGCUGAGCCUGAAGAAGGGCGAGCAGGUGCGCAUCCUGAGCUACAACAAGUCGGGCGAGUGGUGCGAGGCGCACUCGGAUUCCGGGAAUGUGGGCUGGGUGCCCUCCAACUAUGUGACGCCGCUCAAUUCGCUGGAGAAGCACUCCUGGUACCAUGGACCCAUCUCACGCAAUGCAGCCGAGUAUCUGCUGAGUUCCGGGAUCAAUGGGAGCUUCCUGGUGCGCGAAAGUGAGAGCUCACCCGGCCAGCGAAGCAUCAGUCUCAGAUACGAGGGUCGCGUCUAUCACUAUCGCAUCUCGGAGGAUCCUGAUGGCAAGGUCUUCGUCACCCAGGAGGCCAAGUUCAACACUCUCGCCGAACUGGUGCACCACCACAGUGUUCCACACGAGGGCCACGGACUGAUUACUCCGCUCCUGUAUCCGGCGCCCAAGCAGAACAAGCCCACCGUCUUCCCGCUGAGUCCCGAGCCGGAUGAGUGGGAGAUCUGCCGCACCGAUAUCAUGAUGAAGCACAAACUGGGCGGUGGGCAGUAUGGCGAGGUGUACGAGGCCGUGUGGAAGCGCUACGGCAAUACGGUGGCUGUCAAAACGCUCAAAGAGGACACGAUGGCGCUGAAGGACUUCCUCGAAGAGGCGGCCAUCAUGAAGGAGAUGAAGCACCCGAAUCUAGUGCAGCUCAUAGGUGUUUGCACCCGCGAACCUCCGUUCUACAUCAUCACCGAGUUCAUGUCGCACGGCAAUCUGCUGGACUUCCUGCGCUCCGCCGGCCGGGAAACCCUGGAUGCGGUGGCCCUGCUCUACAUGGCCACGCAGAUUGCGUCCGGAAUGAGCUACCUGGAGUCGCGCAACUACAUCCAUCGCGAUCUCGCAGCCCGCAAUUGCCUCGUGGGCGACAAUAAGCUUGUGAAGGUGGCGGACUUCGGACUGGCGCGUCUGAUGCGCGACGACACAUACACAGCGCACGCUGGAGCCAAGUUCCCCAUCAAGUGGACGGCGCCGGAGGGACUGGCGUACAACAAGUUCAGCACCAAGUCUGAUGUGUGGGCCUUCGGGGUGCUGCUGUGGGAGAUCGCCACGUACGGGAUGUCCCCAUAUCCGGGCAUCGAUCUAACGGACGUCUAUCACAAGCUGGAGAAGGGCUAUCGCAUGGAGCGACCGCCGGGCUGUCCGCCGGAGGUGUACGACCUGAUGCGCCAGUGCUGGCAGUGGGAUGCUGCCGAUAGGCCCACGUUCAAGAGCAUACACCAUGCGCUGGAGCACAUGUUUCAGGAAUCGUCCAUCACCGAAGCGGUCGAGAAGCAGCUGAACGCCAAUCAGUCAGCGACAGUCAGCGCUAGCAGCUCCGCAGUUCCUUCGAGCAGCACAUCGGGUGGCGGUGGGGUUGGUGUGGCCACCACCACAGCCACAAUCUCAACGGCGGCCAAUCUCAGCAACUGCGCUUCCUCAUCCUCGGCCACCGCCUCGCUCAGUCUCACACCGCAGAUGGUGAAGAAGGGUCUGCCCGGCGGACAGUCCCUCACGCCGAAUGCCCACCACAGCGAUCCUCACCAGCAGCAGGCCAGCACGCCCAUGUCAGAAACUGGCUCCACUUCCACCAAGCUGAGCACCUUCUCCAGCCAGGGAAAGGGCAAUGUCCAGAUGCGCCGCACCACCAACAAGCAGGGCAAACAGGCACCCGCACCACCCAAGCGAACCAGUCUGCUCUCGAGCAGUCGGGACUCGACUUAUCGCGAGGAGGAUCCUGCCACCGCACGAUGCAACUUCAUCGACGACCUCAGCACGAAUGGUAUACACAAAUUGAAACCCGCCAACUAUUUCAGCCAGACCCUCUCUAGAAAUUUCAAGACCCAAAUUCCAACCCAUCACACCACACACCAAAUACGUACACAACAACAACAACAACAGUCCGUACAACAACAACAACAAUCCGUACAACUUCCAGUACAUCAAAAACAACAACAUCAACAACAACAACAACAACAGAAACAACAACAGUAUUCCAUUAAGAAAUCGUCCUCGUGCAGUAGUUUUCUUUACGACAUCCUAUUUCGAGGAUUGGCCCGCGAUAUUAACAGUUUGACACAGCGGUACGACUCGGAAACCGAUCCGACAGCCGAUCCGGACACAGAUGCCACCGGCGACAGUCUGGAGCAGGGACAGAGCCAAAUGAUUGCCGCUCCUGCCGUCAAUAAGAUGCAGCACUCGCUCCAUGGCGGCGGUGGCGGUGGAGGUAUUGGACCGCGAUCCUCCCAGCAGCACAGCUCCUUCAAGCGUCCAACUGGCACACCCGUGAUGGGCAACCGUGGUCUGGAGACCCGGCAGAGCAAGCGCUCCCAGCAGCAGCAGCAGACUGCCAAUCCUCCAGCACCGCCGGCAGCUCAACUGAAUCAUGGCAAUAAUGGAGUGCUGACCAGCAGUGCCCAUCCCAUCACAGUUGGCGCUCUGGAGGUGAUGAACGUCAAGCGGGUGGUGAAUCGCUAUGGCACCCUGCCCAAGGUGGCCAGGAUCGGUGCGUAUCUCGAUAGUCUGGAGGACAGUGGCGAUGUGGCACCAGCUCCGCCGGCCAGUGCACCCGUUCCGCCGCCAGCCAAUGGACAUGCCACUCCGCCGGCCGCCGCCAGGAUCAAUCCGAAGACCAGCCCGAUUCCGCCGCAGCAGAUGAUCCGGAGCAAUUCGUCCGGUGGCGUGACCAUGCAAAACAAUGCUGCAGCCAGUUUAAAUAAGCUGCAGCGCCAUCGCACCACCACCGAGGGCACCAUGAUGACCUUCUCCUCCUUCCGGGCCGGCGGUUCAAGCAGUUCACCCAAGCGCAGUGGUGGUUCUGCAGUGGGUUCUUCGGUCCAGCCGGCGCUAGCCAAUCUGGAGUUCCCACCGCCGCCACUGGACUUGCCGCCGCCGCCGGAGGAGUUCGAGGGGACACCACCGCCACCGCCGCCGGCGCCCGAGAGCGCUGUCCAGGCCAUCCAGCAGCAUCUGCACGCCCAGCUGCCCAAUAACAAUGGGAACAUCAGCAACGGCAAUGGGGCGAACAACAACGACAGCAGCCACAACGAUGUGAGCAACACGGCUCCCAGUGUGGAGGAGGCCAGUUCGAGGUUCGGAGUGUCGCUGAGGAAGCGUGAGCCAUCCACCGACUCCUGCAGCUCGCUGGGCAGUCCGCCCGAGGAUCUCAAGGAGAAGCUGAUCACCGAGAUCAAGGCCGCCGGCAAGGAGAGUGCUCCUGCAUCCGCAGCUCCCCAUUUGGCCAACGGAUCGGGAAUGAUCGAUCGAGCUGUGGAUCCUGUUUCCCUGCUGGUCACCGAACUGGCCGAGAGCAUGAAUCUGCCCAAGCAACAGACCCAACAGCAGCAGCAGCAGCAACAGAAGCUCACCAAUGGGAAUGGUUCCGGGUCGGGAUCUGGGGCAGGAUCAGGGUUCAAGGCGCAGCUCAAGAAGGUGGAGCCCAAGAAGAUGAGCCCGCCAAUGGCCAAGGCGGAGCCGGCCAGCAAUAUAAUCGACUUCAAGGCCCAUCUGCGUCGGGUGGACAACAAGGAGAAGGAGCCAACAGCUCCCGCUCCAGUUGCACCAGUUGCAGGAUCGCAAUCUCUGGCAAACAAUGCCAACUGCAAUACCACGGGAACCCUGAACCGGAAGGAGGACGGCGGCAGCAGCAAGAAGUUCACCCAGGCCAUGCAAAAGACUGAAAUUAAAAUCGAUGUGACCAACUCGAAUGUGGAGCCGCCGGAGACGACGACGGGAGCAGCAGCAGCAGCGGGCAGCGAUGGCGGCGAUCUCGGCAAGCGACGGAGCACAGGUAGUAUUAAUAGCUUAAAGAAACUGUGGGAGCAGCAACCGCCGGCGCCGGAUUAUGCUAGCAGCUCGAUCCUCCAGCAUCAGCAGCAGCAGCAUCAGCAGCCAUCGGUGGUUAAUGGCGGUGGAACACCGAAUGCCCAGCUGUCGCCCAAGUAUGGAAUGAAAUCCAUACCGGUUAGCACCACUAAGCCGGGCAACAAGCCACCGCCGGCAGCCCCACCACCACCGCCCCCGAACUGCACCACCACCUCCAACUCCACCACAUCCACCACUAGCACCUCAACUAGAGAUUGCACCACCACCACCACCAUCAGCAGGCAGCAGGCCGGCAACCCAACAAUAAAAACCUCUCAUUCAACGCAACUCUUCACAGAUGACGAGGAGCAGUUGUCGUCGUCGCAGCAGCAGGAGGGAUCCGGAUGCCAUGGCAGCGGCGUAGAAGGAAGAGGCGGAGGAGGAGUCACUGCUGACAUGACCCAAUCCCUGUACGAACAGAAGCCGCAGAUCCAGCAGAAGCCAGCGGUGCCGCACAAGCCCACCAAGUUGACCAUCUACGCCACGCCGAUAGCCAAACUGGCCGAGCCCAACAGUUCCGGUUCGGCCAGCUCCACCCAGAUCACGCGGGAGAGCAUCCUCGAGCUGGUCGGCCUGCUGGAGGGAUCGCUGAAGCAUCCGGUGAACGCCAUCGCCGGUUCGCAGUGGCUGCAGCUCAGCGACAAGCUGAACAUCCUGCAAAACUCUUGCGUGAACUUUGCGGAAAACGGUGCGAUGCCGCCGCACUCGAAGUUCCAAUUCCGGGAGCUGGUCACGCGGGUGGAGGCGCAGUCGCGCCACCUGCGCUCCGCCGGCAGCAAGAACGUGCAGGACAACGAGCGCCUGGUGGCCGAGGUGGGCCAGUCGCUGCGCCAGAUCUCGAAUGCGCUCAACAGGUAAAUGAUAAGACGGGGGAUGGACGCGCCCGAUCAACAUCCGGGCAUCUGGCUGGAUGCCGAGGGCAACUUCAUCAAGCGCAAGUGAUCUGCAGACCCUCAACUGAUCAUCCAACCACACCAUCCCCCGUGGAAGCGGUAACGGAAACGGAAACGGAAGCGGAGCCGGUAAGCGGAAACAGGAAAACAGGAAACGAAACUUCAAGCCCAGCGAAGAAGAAGACAAGGAAGAACUAGAGUAGCAGCAGCAGCAGCAGCAGCGGCCACUAAAAUUCGGAGGAGGACACCUAUGUAUCGUACUUGGUAGCAUGUAGUAGUAGCUUCUAUUAUAUAUACCCAUAUAUAUCUAGUCAGAUCUGUGCAGAGCCCCGACGAACGCUUCCAGAACAAAAAAAAAAGCAAAAAAAAACAGAGAAAACAGAAACACAACACAAGAAAAAACAAAGCAUGAAAACAGUAAACAAUGAGUUGCAAAGCAAAUUUUGGGUAAGGUCUCGCGGGAGGAUCCUUGUUUUUUAAAUGUAAAGUAAGGAAACCGCUCCUCCCACCCACUCAACCCCUUUCCAACCGCCCCCCUUUUCCCUUACUCCCAGCAAACGUUAUCGCGCUUCGUUUGUUUUAUAUAGAAAGACACAAGACAUGGCUUAAGAAUGAAAGGAAAUAUAUUCAUAGAAUAUCUCAAUAAACUUAGUAAUUACAAAGAAAACGCAAUGCAUAUAUACAUAUACAUACAUAUAUUUACAUAUACUAGUCGUAAAAUGUUUUAUUAUACCUAUACAUUUACAUACUUCUACAAGAUAAAAAAAAAAAGAUAAAGAUAUUAUAUUAUACAUUUACCGACCACAAAACUCCCCCUUUGAGAAAAACGGAAACGGAAACGGCGGAACUUGAGACACUUCUUCGGAAUGCGUAGGCGCGACUUCAAUUCGAUCGUGUGUUUUAGGCCCCUCAGCAUAUAUAUCUAUGAUCAUGAUCUAUAUGUACUCGGCGUAACCAUUACAUACACAGUAGCAAAGCCCAAAGAUAUUAUUAUUAACUGAUAAACAACAACUACUACUACUCAAAUUGAUAUGUUUAGUGGCAAAGACUAAAUUGAUUUAUGUUUAAUCUAUGUUCGUUCGAGUACGAAGCGCAUCGAAAUGCUUUUAAGACGUAUUACACAUCCAAUUGUAAUUAUUAUCUGAUAUUUUCAAGAUUUUAAACAACUUUUAUACGUAAACAAAAAUCACAUAAAAAAAAAACGAAAACCAAA